AUGGUCAAUUCCUGUUGUGGCUCCGUCUGCUCUGACCAGGGCUGUGGCCAGGAGACCUGCUGCCAACCCAGCUGUUGCCAGACCACCUGCUGCAGGACCACCUGCUGCCGCCCCAGCUGCUGCAGGCCCACGUGUUGCCAGUCUGUGUGCUGCCAGCCCACCUGCUGCCGCCCCAGCUGCUGCAUCUCCAGCUGCUGCCGCCCCAGCUGCUGUGUGUCCAGCUGCUGCAGGCCCCAGUGCUGCCAGCCCACCUGCUGCCGCCCCAGCUGCUGCAUCUCCAGCUGCUGCCGCCCCAGCUGCUGUGUGUCCAACUGCUGCCAGCCCCAGUGCUGCCAGCCCACCUGCUGCCAGCCCACCUGCUGCCAGCCCACCUGCUGCCAGCUCACCUGCCGCCAGCCUUGCUGCCGCCCCUGCUGCUGCCUGCGUCCAGUCUGUGGCCAAGUCUCCUGCCACACCUCUUGCUAUCGCCCAACCUGCGUCAUCUCCACCUGCCCCCGCCCCCUGUGCUGCGCCUCCUCUUGCUGCUGAAUCCCUGCUUUGAACAC